AUGGCGCUGCCAAACCUCCGUCGACUCUUUAUCGAGUCACGAACUGACGACGAAGAACGAGAUGUCUCCAGAAAAGCGUUCUAUAACGCCGUCCUUUUCAUGGGAUCAAUCGCUGUUUUCAGUCUCAUCGCCCAAAGAUUAAAUGCUGGUAAAUGA